AUCUGAAGGUGUUCCAAUAUUUGAUACGCCUAAAGAGAACUCAGAUGGAAUUAGAGAAAUCAUGGGCUUCUGUAAUGCAUCAAGAUCAUAUAGAAUCUGCUCAACAUCGAAAAGAUGGUACAAACGGAUCAACAUCUCAACAAAGACGACAAGGAAUAAGACCCAUGUGGCGUGUUAGAGAGCACAUGGCGUUUUUGAUAAGGAAUCUUCAGUUUUAUAUUCAGGUUGACGUGAUAGAAUCUCAAUGGAAGGUGUUGCAAACUCUUAUUCACGAUUCUCAAGACUUCACUGAACUCGUUGGCUUCCAUCAAGAGUAUCUCUCGGCUCUUAUAUCUCAAUCUUUCCUCGACAUUGGUUCCGUCUCAAGGAUACUCGACAGCAUCAUGAAACUAUGUCUCCAGUUCUGCUGGAACAUUGAGAAUCAAGAAAGCAAUCCAAACACUACAGAACUUGAAAACAUAGCCGAGGAAUUCAACAAGAAGUCGAAUUCCUUGUAUACAAUACUGAGAAGCAGCAAGCUUGCCGGAAGCCAGCGAGCCCCAUUCUUGAGACGUUUUCUUUUACGCCUAAAUUUCAAUUCCUUUUACGAGGCAACUGCAAGGGGCGUGUUGAACGUUGUCCGCCAACGCCCAGCUCUUCCAUUAUAAAUGCCUGACAGUCCUGGUGGGAAAAUCUCGUUUCGAAGCUUUUUCAGACAUGGGCUUUCAAAGGUUUUGCAACAACUAUGACACGGGAAGAUAGAUUGUUCUGAUCCUCGAUUCAUGAUCACAUGACGCCGCCAAUGGAAUAUACAUAUAUAUACGGGACUGGUUUUUUUGCUCACACGCCUUUCCUUUGUAAGAAUCUGUGUUGCCACUUUUAGUUCCAAGAACAAAAACUGCGAGCUGUGUUUUGUUUCAUUCGUGCUUUAUACUCUGUAAAUUAUAUAGGGAACACUGUAGGUGUGGUUUCUCUAAAUAUUUAAAACAAUAUGAUAAGCAGGUUGAUGACGUUUUUUGGCCUUUUCA